UUAUUCCGUGUUUUGUUCAUUCCGUGAUUUGUCGUUCCAUGACUAGUCCGUUCCGUUCUAAACGUGGAGAAAGCUUUCCUGUUACUGUUGACUAGUUUUUUCAUUUUUCCUAACUAGAGCCUGACCAAGAGGACUGAUUCAGUUUGUUAGAUAAAAAUUUUUUUCCCAAUCAAAAAAUUGAUAUUUAAACUUUACAAAAUUUUUUUAUUAAAAUUCCAGGCAUUAGUUGAUUAUAUGUUGGAUGAGGCAAAGAGGCAUAUUCCAAAACCUGAUUUUAUUAUAUGGACUGGCGACACUGCGGCUCAUAUAAAAUAUACACAAAAAGAAUUUAUUAAUACAAUGAGGACCGUUACCGAUUCUAUAAAACAACGAUUUUCUGAUGUCUUAGUCAUCCCAAUUUUGGGUAAUCAUGAUAUGGAACCUUCUAAUUCAUUUCCCGAUGAUGCAGAACAAUUAGGGAUGUAUCAAGGAAUUUAUGAUCUUUGGAAGGGAUGGAUUGGUGAUAAACCUAAGGAAACUUUUUUGCGUGGUGGAUAUUAUUAUUUUAAAUCUCCAUUGGACGGAUCUGAAUAUUUAGUUUUAAACACAAAUAUUUAUUAUGUAAUAAAUACUGCAAUUGAAAAUUUUACAAACCCAGAAGACCCAACUGGCCAAUUUGAAUUUAUCGAGAAACAUUUGGCUGAAAUUAAAUCAAAAAAUGGAAAAAUAAAUAUUGUUGGGCACGUUCCGCCAGGGGGUAGUAUUCGGUAUGUUUUCAAUUCUGACAAGACAGAAUGGCAAGUUGAAAUGCCAAAACAGUACAAUAAACGGUUAAUUGACUUGUUUACAGAAUAUGCAGAUUCUAUUGGGUUUAUGUUGUUUGGACAUUUACAUACUGAUACUUUUAGAAUUUUGAAGGAUUCAAAUGGAAAGCCAGUACAACGAAUGUUUUUAAAUCCGGCUAUAACUCCGAUGUUUGAUUUAAACAAUCCAGCUUUUCGUGUUUUUGAUUAUGACAAGAAUAAUUUUGAUAUUAAAGAUAUUAGGUUUUUUUUUGAAAUUUUUACUGUUAAUAAGUCUCUAUAGUACACUGGACGAGGGAUAGGACAGGUUACCCGAAACCCGGACUUUUUUCGACACGAAACCCGGCCCGAGAAAUUUUCGAAAACUCGAUCCGAUUUUUUAACCCGUCCCAUCCCUGUAAAGGACUUAAGAACAGGAUUUAAAAUAUAGGUAUACCAAUCGUUUCCUCUCGUCGAGCUGGUCAGCUUGACGGGUUCUACUAAAUCG